AUGUCAAAAUCAAAUCUUGAAGCCCAGAAGAUGAGAAAAGGCAUCCCAAAAUACUAUGGAUUCCACACUUUUGGUGAUCCUGGCUACCCCAUCUUGCUCAAUGGCCCUUUCAGAGACAACAUUCGCAUUUUCCUUCAACAGUGUGCAGAGCUUCAGGACUAUAAAGUGGAAGGAAUGUCAAUUUGGUCCACAUUUCUGGUUCAUGAAAAUGGGGGAUUUGUGGUUCCUCUCUACGCUAUUGAAGAACAUGUGAAGCACUCCCUCAGUCCCUUUUGUGAUCACUGCAGAUGUGCUGGGUGGAGUCAUCAUUUUGUGUCCAGAAGGAAGUAUCAUCUGAUAAUACCAGUUGAUGGGAAGUGGAAUAAGCCUCUGGGAAGAGAUGCUUUUGAUCUUGAAACCCAUCUCUUGCAUGGGUUGAUUCACUGCAAUGGAUUUGGACAUCUUCUCUGCAUUAAUGGGAUUGAAGGUGGAUCUAAGAAGCUAUGCGGAAGAGAGAUAAUGGAUCUUUGGGACAGAAUCUGCUCUAAUCUACAAGCUAGUAAAAUCACAGUAGAGGAUGUUUCAAAGAAGCAUAUGAUGGAUCUUAGGUUGCUUCAUGGUGUUGCUUAUGGACAUCCUUGGUUUGGUAGAUGGGGAUAUCGGUUUUGCCAUGGCAGCUUUGGGGUGAGAGAGCAUCAUUAUGAAAGAGCAAUUGAACUUCUUAGCUCCCUGAAACUUGAUGAUGUGAUUCGUGAUUUCGAUUUCACAGAUAGAUGCAAGGAAAUCAAGGAAAUAAUUCACUGCUACAGAAACUUGAGUGAGACCAAUUUGAUCACCUUGCGUGAUCUCUUCAGAUUUAUGCUUGUUCUCAAGUCCAGGGCUGAAAUGAGAAGAAAUGCAGCUAAAUCAACUGCCAUGGCACGGUUAGUUUCUUCAGGUUAUUUUGAGAGGAAAGCUGUUCUUAAGCAACAUUUUGAAAAGGAGAAGUCAGCAAAAUGCCGGAAAUUUUCUGCAGUUGCUGCUAAUUGGGAUAGCCGAUGGCCUGUUAGAAGAUUGGAGUUUACAGCUAAUGUGAUUGUUGAUGCUUUAAGGGAGAAGAAAGCAGCAAACAGAUUCAGGAGUUCUGUGAUGAACAGGCAGGAGGUACGAGAUGCAGCUCGCCAACAAAUAGGUGAUACAGGUUUGAUUGAUUACGUACUGAAAUCACUGAAUAAUGUGGUUGUUGGGGGUUACAUAGUCAGGAGGAUGGUAAAUAGAGCAACAAGAAAGCUAGAAUUCACAAUCGAGGAGGUUAAGAAUGGUGUAAAAUUUGGUGAAGGAAAAGUUCCAGCGGCAGUUCAGGCCUGUCAUACGGUGCCACGAAAUGAUGUUUUUGGUGAUCUCUCUUGCUUGUAUGAUAAUAUCCUUUUCGAUUAUCCUGAAGUGGACAUGGUGAGAUUGGCUGCAGGUACAGUUCUGAAUAGCAAAUACUUUGUGAAGGAGUGGCCAUUCAGGGAUGAGCAAGAUCUCGCACUUAGAUUCACUUGCAGAUUAAUGCCAAGUUUGACAGAGAUGGAAACUGAACUUACUAGGGAACUCCCAAGGGGGGAGUACAUUGUGGUUCCUCUGCAUUCUACCAUUGGGGAUCUAAAGAUAGCUAUACAGAGUGCAAUGAGGGACACUUACUGCAUCAUGAAACAUCUUCUGGUAACAGAUAUCAUAGAAACUGAGGGAAUGAGUGACGAAGAGGUACUCUUUGGCAUUCUUGAGUCUGGUACAGAACUUUGGGUAAGAGGUACCGGACUGAAUCUGGAAACUGAUCUGAGGUAUGAAGGUGGAGCAGACAACUGGAAAGUCAGAUGUAGGUGUGGUGCUCAGGAUGAUGAUGGUGAGAGGAUGGUUUCAUGUGACAUGUGUGAGAUAUGGCAGCAUACACGCUGCUGCGGCAUUGAGGAUUCUGAAGCUGUCCCUCCAGUUUUUGUGUGUGAUGCAUGUUGCACUUCACUUGCACCAUCAAGGGCAGCACAGCCAAGCUAUGAGCUAGAACCUUAUGGAGCUCUGGUGUCCCCUGCUGCAUCAUAUGUCUACUACCCAGAGGCUGCUUUGCUGAAUUUUGGUGGUUCUGAGAUUUUUCAAAUAGAAAGUAACUGA